CUCUUACAAUAAAAAAAAUAAUGAUAAGAUUUUAUGGUAUGUUCCAUGCCUUGACUUCAUACUCCAGAUUCCUCUUUCCUCUGUCUCGUUCUCACUCAUUCUUCCUUCGCCGCUUCUACAAAUUCUGAGAGCACAGGAAGAAAUCACACAGAGAGAAAAUUAAAUUGUACCACCAUCUCAUGUGGUGACUCCCAUGUGUUUGAGUAAAUUAAAGUGCAUAUUGUUUUAGUGCGGAGAUAUAUAUGUUGCGAGAGAAGAGUGGAGAAGAUUGAAACAUAUUAUAUACAGUGACAAGUAUGGGAAGAGGAAGAGUUCAGUUGAAGAGAAUCGAGAACAAGAUCAAUAGGCAAGUAACCUUCUCAAAGAGAAGGUCUGGUUUGCUUAAGAAAGCCAACGAGAUCUCUGUGCUUUGUGAUGCAGAAGUGGCUCUCAUAAUCUUCUCCACUAAAGGCAAGCUUUUCGAGUACUCCAGUGACCCUUGUAUGGAAAGAGUUAUUGAACGGUAUGAGAGGUAUUCGUAUGCGGAGAGGCAGCUUGUAGGAGAUGAUCAGGCCCCAAAUGAAAACUGGGUUAUAGAACACGCGAAGCUGAAGGCUAGAAUGGAAGUUCUACAGAGAAAUCAAAGGAAUUUUAAGGGAGAAGAGCUGGAUAGCUUAAGUAUCAAAGAGCUUCAGAAUUUGGAACAACAACUUGAUUCCGCUAUCAAACGCAUCAGAUCACGAAAGAACCAAGUCAUGUAUGAAUCUAUUUCAGAGCUUCAGAAAAAGGAUAAGGCACUGCAGGAACAUAACAAUUUGCUCGCCAAGAAGAUUAAGGAAAAAGAGAAGGCGCUGGCCCAACAGGAGCAAAGGGGGGUUCAUAAUAACGCGGAUAUGAACUCUGUUCUUGUAACUCAGCCGCUGGAGUACUUGAAUAUUGGAUGUAAUGAAGAAACUCCAACGCCAACUCGAGCUAACACAAUUCUUCCCCCUUGGUUGCCUCGUCCUACAACUGAAUAGAAGCUUAUUCUUAUUCAAUAUCAAUACAAUUUUUAUAAAUUAAAGCCUAUCAUACAUCAUCAAUAUGAAUUUCUGCCUAUACAAGUUGGAUUUUAAUCUGUAUGUAACAUGACUCACUUCAUUUCAAUGCUGUCCAGUAUAUUAAUUAAAGUUCUGUUUCUUUUUAAAAGAUACAGAUAUAAAAUUCUGUUUUAAUGAAAUAUUCAAUGUACAUUUUUCAUUUCUUUAGAAAUUGUGAAUAAUAUAACUCAAAUUAU